AUGCCUAUCUAUCUAAGCAUGCAAAGAGUGCGCUUCUCCAGUCCGGACGCCUACGAGAAAUUCAAAGUCCUCUUCGCCGACACCCGUCACCAUCUGAUGAAGCUUCCAGGCUUCCUCCAUCUGACCUGGUGGGAGCACCCAGACGACCGGAGCUGGUACAACGAAUGCAGCUUCUGGACGAGCCGUGGCGCAUUAUAUGAUUGGCACAAGGACACUUACCACAAGUUUUGCAAGACGUGGGCCGCCAAUGGUGCCAUCAUGGAGGAUAUCAUCACCAACUUUGAGCUCGUCGGCACCCGGCUGCUGCGAGUGUGCCCCGUGUGCAACGAGGUGCAGGAUAAAAAGUAUGAGCUCGCCCAAGAGCAGGCUGUCUUGGCUGAGCAGUGUCCCAAGUGCGGGUUUCAUUUUCCAGUACUGGGAGAAAUGCCCUCAAGCUUUGCCGUUUUCAAGGAUGCAGUUGUCGGUGAGAAAGAGGGUGAUAGCGGCGAAAAGGCGGGAGAGCCAGCAGCAUCCUGA